AAGGGAAGGGUGACAUGGAGCUUGUCAGGCUGCUCAUCCUGCUCGCUGUCACAGAGCUGUCCCGAGCGCACAACACCACGGUGUUCCAGGGCACGAUGGGCCGGUCCCUGCGGGUCUCCUGCCCCUACAACUCCUUGAAGCACUGGGGGAGACGCAAAGCCUGGUGCCGCCAGCUGGGUGAAGAAGGUCUGUGCCAGCAAGUGGUCAGCACCCACCCCUCGUGGCUGCUGUCCUUCCUGAAGAGGCGCAACGGGAGCACGGCCAUCACAGACGACGCCCUGGGGGGCACACUCACCAUCACGCUGCGGAAUCUUCAAGCCCACGACGCUGGCCUCUACCAGUGCCAGAGCCUCCAUGGCAGCGAGGCUGACACCCUCAGGAAGGUCCUGGUGGAGGUGCUGGCUGACCCCCGUGAUUACCAGGACCCUGGAGAUCUCUGGAUCCCUGAGGGGUCCGAGAGCUUCGAGAAUGCCCAGGUGGAGCACAGCAUCUCCAGGAGCCUUUCGGAAGAGGAGAGCCCCUUCCCACCCACUUCCAUCCUUUUCCUCCUGGCCUGCAUCUUUCUCAGCAAGCUUCUAGCAGCCAGCGCCCUCUGGGCUGCAGCCUGGCAUGGGCAGAAACAACGGCCACCCCAGGCCAGUGGACUGGACUGUGGCCACAACCCAGGUUACCAGCUCCAAACUCUGACAGAGCUGAGAGACAUAUGAGAGAGGAGGACCCUCAGUGGAGAGAGGUUAGGAG